AUGAUACAUCUUUUGAACUAUUUCAUAUUGCAUAUUACAUAUUUUAUUCCAUUACUCCGUUGUUUAAUCCAACUUGACUUUAUGAGAACCCUUUACAAUGUCUUGAAAAGUUCUAAUAUAAAAUUUGGUGAACGGAACAAACCUGUGUAUGAAAUUAUCAAAAAGAACAAAAAUUUACAAAAAAUUCUAAAGCAUGAAAUAAGGAAAGAUUUCCAAUUUUUGAAUGAUAAUAUCGAUAUAGAAACCAAUCAAACAGACAAAGACACAGAUGCAGAAGAUGGUGACGAACAUCAGAAUCAUAUUAUCUGUGAAAUGAAAACUGGCUCUGGAAAAUCCCUCAGUUUGUUAACUCCACUCAUCUAUUGGCUCCUCAAAAACAAAUUCGAUUUAUUCCUUCUGAGGGAAAAUACCCAACUGAAAAAGGAAGAACCCGAGUGGAUAAAAGAAUCCGUUUCCAUGAAAUUACUAGAAAAAUAUGCACAUAACUUAAAAAUACAAGAAAAAAGGAAAGAGGCAGAUGCCAAGAUUUUGAACAAGUACUUUUCCAUUUCGAAUGAUAAAAUAACAUUGAAGGAAAAUAUAAAAAUAGAAAAAAAAACAAUUCACCUGGAUCCUUCCAAAGCAAUACAUGAUCACUUCGGUGCUGAAAAAGAUGAAGAAGUGUUAAGUGACUUCUCCAUAGAGGGCUCUUCCAAGAAACAGAUCUUCAUCUGCAGCAGAACGCAAUCGCAACUAAAUCAGUACUUUUUAGAGUUAAAAAAAAUAGAGAAGAAUCUAGGAAAAGAAUUAUCCAUAAAUAUGAUUAUCAUAGGAAGUAGAAAGCAUCUGUGUGUGAAUGAGACAUUUCUGAAAAAGUAUAGAAGCGUAAACGAAUUAAACGAUUGCUGUCGAAACAGUGAAUGCAGAUAUAAGGAAAUUUUCAAGAAAAAUAUGAUGUUGAAGAAGAAGAAGAGAGAAAAAAAAAAGAAUAAAAUUUUUUACAUCUCUACAUCUUCUUCAAGUGGAAGAAGUACAAAAGGUAAUAGUAGUAGUAGCAGUAGUAGCAGUGAAGGAAACAUGAAAGAGGUUGAUGCUGUAGACAAUUACACCCUAACAACCAAAUUGAUAAAUUCAAAAAAUUUAAAUAUGAACCAAGUAAAAGAAAUAUGUAGAAACGACAGAAUCGAAAUAUGCCCAUAUUAUCUCAGCAAAGAAAAUGUAAAAAAUGCAGAUAUAGUACUACUACCAUAUGUUUGCAUACUGAAUGAGCAUGUGAGGAAAAGCUUAAAAAUAGAUAUUAAAAAUAAUAUUGUUAUAUUUGACGAGUCUCAAAAUAUUAUAGAUAGUAUAAAUGAUGCCAACUCGGUAUCCAUAGAAUAUCAUCAUAUACUUUUUUGUAUGUUAAUUUUAAAAGAAUAUAUAAAAAAAUAUGAACAUGUUUUGAAUAAUAGUAACAUGGUUAUGAUUAAACAGAUUGUAAUUUACUGUGAUUUGAUGUUACAUUCCUUUGUCGAUGUGAAAGACAACCUUAUGAAAGUUACAAAAUACAUUUUCACAUCUAAGUUAGAUGCACUGAAUCUUAAUAAUAUUUCCAAUUUUCUAAAUAGUUCCCAUUUUUGUAGAAGAAUUAAAAUUUUUGCAGAGUCCUACAUAAGACAAAAGUUCACUACCCAUCCUACUGGCACUACCAUUCGAAGUCUUAACACAUCAUCUAUUUAUUUACUCAACGAUUUCACAAAUAAGAUGAUACGAUCGAAUCGGUAUGAUUAUAUAUUUCUCAACAGAGGAGGAGGAACCUCAAACAUAGGGGAAGAAGCGAAUCCAUGGGCAACGGCAGAUGCAGCAAAGCCAGAUGAACAAGCAAAUUCUGACAGGAACAGAAAAAAUAAAAGGAGCUGUGAUGACAAACAGGAAGUAUCAAAUGUGGAAGAGAAAAAACGGAUGAAAGAUGGAAGCAGAAAGAUGUGUGAUGGUAAUACAAAGAAAUGUAUGCUGGAGGAGAGCGGAAAGAGGAAUAGCUAUCAAAAUGAUCCAGUUGAGGAAAGGAUUAAAAUCCUAAUGGAUGACUUGACAAGACGUGAUAGAGAGGAAUUAUUCCACAAAAUUGAAUUGGUUAGUGUAAGCUCAUGUAACAACUUUCAAAAGAUAACUAAAGAUUGCAGCAACGUGAUCCUAAUUGGUGGUACACUACAACCGAUAGAAGAAUUUCUCUUACUUUUUAUAAAUGAGAGAGAAGAGAAAAAAAAAGUUAAAUUAUUUUUGUCAGAUUAUAUAUUUAAAAAACAAAAUGUAUUUUCUAGAAUAGUAAGUACGAGCAUAGUUUCUUUUGAACCCAUAGAUAACACUUUUAAAAAUCGAUUUAAAAAAACACAUCUGCUCAAUUUAGCAAUUCAAAUUUUUUUUCUAACUUUACACGUAAGUUAUGGAAAUAUUGUUUUCUUUUCAUCUUACAAUUUUUUAAAUGAAUUUAUAUCUUUCUUACACAAUGAAGGUCAAUAUGUCUUAAAACAAAUAAAACAAAAAAAACAUAUCUUUUUUGAAAAAAAAAAUAAUACUAAUCAAGAUGAUAUACUUACACAAUACAUGCAAACCGUACAACAUAUAAAAAACCAAAAUGAAAAACUUAGAAUAAAAAAUGGGUGUAUCCUUUUCUGUGUUAUGAAUGCAAAACUUAGUGAAGGAAUUAACUUUUAUGAUUAUUUCUGUCGAAAUCUUUUGGUCGUAGGAAUUCCUUUCGCAAAAAGUGAAAACAGAGGAGCAGCAGGAGCAGAAUCCAACCACGGGACUAGCCAAUUGAACAAAAAUAUGCUUCUUCUAAAUUACUACAAGGUCUAUUCGACUCACAUGACGGAUUGUCACGCGCCUUCUUCUCCCGAAUCGAACAUUCACAACCAGAUCAGUAACAUGUGCAAGACAUACGAACUCCAACUAGCCAUGAAAAUAGUGAAUCAGUGUAUAGGCAGAAGCCUACGUCACAUAGAAGACUAUUCAUCGUUUUUCUUUCUGGAUUAUCGAUUUUGUAACAGGGAAUUUUUGAACCUCUUCCCUUCAUUCAUCAGAACCCAUUUAGAUGCAUCCAAAGAUGGUAAGUCACCCUUUAAGGAACAAGAAGAAUCCGAUUUUUUUAUCGAAAAAAAUAAUUUCAACAAAAUUUACAACGAUAUUAAACAUCACUACAGUAGUACAUUUCCAGAAAUACAUUUUGAAAAAACGAAUGAGACACAUUUGAAUAAUUUCUCCAGAGAUAUAUACUUGCUUCGCAAAUUUCACAAUCGGAUGGAUUCAAAUAAUCGGGAAUAG